AUGUUAUUAAAGCUUAAUUCCUUCAAUAUAAUUUUUGUUAUUUUAUUAAAAUGUUUUUUAUUUCCAAUUUUCGUCUAUGGCUCUAACGAUAAUUGCCCUUCUCUUUGCCGAUGUUCAUUAAAUGGACGUCAUGCAGAUUGUCAAGGCUUAGGGUUAACAACAUUUCCAAAUUUAAGAGAAUUUAGUCAACAUUUGGAAGUGUUAGAUUUGAGAAGAAAUAAUAUAGUUAAUUUACAAAUUAAUUUAUUAUCUUCAUUUACUCAUUUAAAAACACUUUUACUCAGUCACAAUUUAAUUGAGCAUUUAGAACAAAAUCUUCUCGAUUUUCUUCCAAAAUUGCACCAACUCUAUUUAGGCAACAAUAAAAUUAAAUAUAUUCCAAAAUUAUCAUCAAAUAUAAUUUCUAAUAAUUAUUUACAAUUACUCGAUUUACACAAAAAUCAAAUAAAAAUAAUUGAGGAGGAAGCAUUUCAAAAUUUAAAUAAUUUAAGAAUUUUGAAUUUGGAAGGAAAUUUUAUUCAGUCAAUACCUAAAUAUUUAUUUGAAAAAAAUGAAAAAUUAAAUAAAUUAGAAUUGGGAAAUAACCCUUGGAAUUGUGAUUGCAGGUUUUGUUAUAAUUAUUUGUAG